AUGAAUAGCCCGAGUGACAUAAGUCUUGUUGCCCGGAGGACUUCACCGUUGACCAGCACUGCUCCUCGGGCGCCUGCUUUGACCCCGUCCUCCAAUGCUCCUGCUCCCCUACUAUCCUCUGCCACUAGCACCACUAGCACCAGUACCACUUCUAUUACCACCGUCACCACAAACGCCCCAAGCACCAGAGUUCUGACUCCCUCAGGAGCAGCGCACGACGGAUUUUCAACGUCAGCCGCUCAUAGCAGCGGUUCACAGUCCUCACAACCAGGAGGGCCGCCCCUCUAUUACUCAAACCAGAUGUCGGGCUCAUGGCCUACGCCGGGCGGCACACAAUUGUCGGCAUAUACGUACGCCAAUUCGUCCCCCACGACUUCCAACUCAGGCUCCCUUUCACACCAGCCCUACGCUCGGGGGUCACUGUACGGGCCAGCAUCCUCGACUCCGCUCCAGCACUAUGGUGGUCGCACCUCAACUUCGGCCUCAAACGGGGAGAGCCUGCCGCCGCCGCAAUCAUACCAGGACCAGCCACACUUUGCUGGCACCAUGGCAGCCGGGGGAGGAGGCGCUGGGGGAGGCGGAGGGGCUUUAGGGUCGCCACUGUCCCAAGCCCAUGGUGGGCAUCAGUCGUCGGGGCUCGCCCAACCCGCCCUCAGCACGCCGUCAUCGAAUGCAAACCGCCCAGGGACAUCGGGGCAAAACACGCCGGGGGGCUCAGGUUCCAUGCAGGACGGCAACCCCUAUCGCCAACCGCCCACACCAACUAACCUUUACCCCCCAAGCUCGACAUCCCAUCAGAGCUCGUUCCCUUCGUUUACUUCGUCGUUGACGCAGCCGCCUCCGACGACAACAUCGCCCGCGACCACCUCUGGGCAGAUUCACCGUGGCCUCGGGUCCAUUUCCGCAAUGGCCCCGCCUCUGCACUUCUCGGGGGGUCGAGGUCCCGGGAUAUCACCACCCAUGGUAUCGUACGCGUCGUAUAGCCAGGUCCCCGGACCGGUGCUGACCAAUGUGCACCACCCCGGAGCUCCUCUCUCUAUGGUGGGCGGGGUGGGCAUGGGGGGCUACGGGCAUCACCAUCCCGGCUUACCCGCACACCAUCUUUACGUCCACCAACCCAGCCCGCCCGGGCCGCCACAAGACCGGCCCUUCAAAUGUGACGAGUGCAAGCAUAGCUUCAAUCGGAACCACGAUUUGAAGCGGCACAAGCGGAUACACAUGGAGAUCAAGCCUUUCCCCUGCGGCCACUGCGAGAAGGCCUUUUCGCGGAAAGAUGCUCUGAAGCGCCACAAACUGGUUAAGGGUUGCGGCAGGGUGUCGCCCCCGGAAGGGGCCGAGAACAAGACCACGGAUACCCGGGGAUCGCCUCGAAACCAUGGCGAUGGGAUGAGUGACGACAGAGAAGGCAGUCCCAGGAUAAAAAAGGAGUGA